AUGAAAAACACCAAAGCAACCAACGAUGAAGAACACCAGACUAAACCAACCAUGAAGAAAACCAGACCAACCAUGAAGAACACCAAAGCAACCAACAGUGAGAGGAAUGCAGAAGAAGAAAGGCAUGACGAGAAACCUUGCAACAUUCUGCAAUUGCCAGAUCACAUAACUCAGGAGAUCUUCUGUCGAAUCCCAUUGAAAACUCUCAUCCAAUGCAAGUUUGUGUGCAAGUCUUGGCAUCGUUCUCUUUCUAACCCCGACUUCACAAAAACCCUAGUUUAUUCAGGAGCGCCUACUUGCCAUUUUCUCCUAGACCUUGGAACAAAUAAACACAUCUUGGCCGACGUGAAAAGCGCCUGGAGCCCCAACAACAUGGUCUUGAAGCUUUCUGACCCCAAUGCUUUAUACAAUAGGGUCAAUGAUUCAUAUAUUAUAGGUUCCAGCAAUGGCCUCCUCUGCUUAGUCCGUCAUAAUCUUAAAAUUGGCGCUAUGUAUUUUAAUAUAUCCAAUCCUAUUAUCGGAGAGUCUAUAGCUCUUCCAAUCUUUAAAGAUAGGGAUAAUGUUCCACUUGGAUUUGCGUUUGGGUUUGGGUUUAGUUCCAUAAGUCAUGUCUACAAGGUGGUGCUGUUUAUAACAAGAAAUCCACCAUGUAAGAAGUUGGAGUGUAUGGUUUUGACAGUUGGCUCUGGGAUUUGGAGAAGCAUUGGAAAAGUAUGUAGCAGUAUUGUGUAUACCAUAUAUGGGGUCUUUCAUAAUGGAUUUCUUCAUUGGCUUUGCGACUGUAAACGUUCUCGUUCUCGUUUCAUACGUGCCUUUGAUGUUGAAAGUGAGCGUUUCAAGAACUUACCGAUGCCUCCUGCUUGUGAAACUACUGCUAAACUAGGAGUGUUAAAUGGUUCACUUUCUAUAAGUUGUUUCUCAUUGGGUACUUUUAAAGUUUGGCUAAUGAAGGAAUAUGGGGGCAAGAAGUUUUGGACCAGAGAGCUUGAAAUUCAUGACAGAAUUCAGGAACGCCGAAUGACAAUAGAUGACACAUGUUGGGGGGGUCCUCUAUCCAAGCAUUAUAUUGAAGUUCUGAAACUUAUAAAGGGGAAAAAGGCUCCGAAAAAAGCUUUACUGCUAGACAACUUUAAAUUGAGCCUUUAUACCCCUGCAACAAGGUCCCUUGUGAGGGUUCAAAUUGAUGGGAUACCUUACACUGCUAGGAAGGCUAUGGUAGGUGUCCAUAUUCCAAGCUUUGUUUCACCCAAAGAGAUUAUCAGGGAUUACAUCUCCAAGCAUCCAGAGGAAGUAGCUGAAACAUCUGAUAUAAAAAUACCUGCAUGGACAACUAGUGUUGCGGGAUGGGGAAAGAACGAUGAAAGCGAGGUAGUUGAGAUUCCAAGAGGCCAGCCUACCCCAUGCCUGCCGCUUCCAAAGGACCUUAAACAUGUAAGUGCAGCUACAGCUUCCACGCUACUGGAUAUGAUUAGUGGUUUGAAUGCCCUUCUAUUGCAUAAGUGCAUGGUAGGAAAGGAUGAGAUCAAAAGGCUCAGGAAGGAGAAUGAAGAGCUCCGUGCAAGUGUAAAGCUGCUUUCGGGAAGGCCGGGUGAAGGUGAUUUUGUACAUGAGGAUAACUACGAAGAAUGA